AUGACCAAAGAAACAUUCGUGAUCAAGACGCCCUCGUCCUCGGCCAACAUCGGCCCCGGCUUCGACGUCAUCGGCCUCGCCCUCUCCGUCUACCUCGAGCUGCACGUCACCGUCGACCGCUCAAAGACCUCCUCCUCGGAGCCCCUCAGCUGCCGCCUCACCUACGAGGGCCAGGGCGAGGGCUCCUCUGAUAUCAGCCUCGACCCGUCCGUCAACCUCAUCACCCGCGUCGCCCUCUAUGUCCUGCGGUGCCACGGCCAGCGGAUGUUCCCUGUCGAGACCCAUGUCCACAUCAAGAACCCCAUCCCGCUCGGCCGCGGCCUCGGUAGCUCCGGCUCCGCUGUCGUUGCCGGCGUCAUGCUCGGAAAAGAGGUCGGACACCUGGAUCACCUCAGCUUGGACAGACUAUUCGACUUCUGUUUGAUGAUUGUGUUACUCACAAACAAACCAGAGAGACACCCCGACAAUGUCGGCGCCUCGCUAUACGGCGGCUUCGUCGGCACCUACCUCCGCCCCCUGAAGCCCGAAGACGUCCAGCGCAUCGAGAUCCCCCUCAGCGAAGUCCUGCCCGCCCCGGCAGGCGGCGUCGACACGGGCGAGACCCCGCCGGAGCCGCCCCACGGCAUUGGCCACCACAUCAAGUUUCCCUGGGCCAAGGAGAUCAAGGCCAUCGCCAUCAUUCCCGACUUCCAGGUCCCUACCCACCUCGCCCGUGAGGUGCUGCCGCCGCACUACACCCGUCCCGACGUUACCUUCAACAUGCAGAGAAUAGCUCUUCUCCCCGUAGCCCUGGGCACUUCCCCCCCAGAUCCGGAACUCAUCCACCUGGCAAUGCAAGACAAGAUCCACCAGCCCUACCGCCAGACCCUCAUCCCUGGCCUGAGCCAGAUCGUUGAGGGCAUGUCCCCCAGCACGCAGCCGGGCUUCCUCGGCGUUUGCCUCUCCGGCGCGGGUCCCACCAUCCUUGCGCUCGCCACGAGCAACUUUGAGGAGAUUGCCAACAAGAUCAUCAAGAUUCUCAGGGAGAACAACGCCGAUAAGAACGUCGGCUGCGAGUGGAAGAUUCUGGAGCCCGCUGAGGGAACGCAGGUUAUCCGGUGA